UUUCGUCGUUGCUUGAUGUUCUGUCGUUCUGUAAUUAUUGUUCUGUGUUUUGUAUGCGUAUUCCCUCAACCGGAGCGAAGAGUCGAAUAGUAUUUAUUUAUUUGUGUUAACCUAAUCUGCACAUUGUUUGGUUUGGCAUAGAAAUGCUGGCUUUUGGGGGGACAAGUUAACUCGUCCAAAUGCAACUAGUGUGUGAUUUACGUGGGCAGAUUGCGUGUGGGUUGUUGUCCACUGUUUUCGGUUUCAUGUGUACGACUGUGAGUUAUAUGUGAACUGCUUUGGAACGUUUCGCUCGCUCGAAUCGCCAUAAAAGGGUUUCGAUGAAGUAAUCGAACCCGCGUGUCCAUUUCCUAGUAUGGGCCUAGUGUCAGCAAAGAAGGAAGGCGUUCGAGACAAGCAAAAGCACACAAUUUCGGCAGAGCGUAACGACUGCUUUUAGCGACCCUUGCAAAAGAUCGUUGUCAUGGAGACGACCGUGUCUUAGACCAGCCGAUUGUGUCACAGCGGAAUCGUUCAUCAUUCAACACUCGUUCUAGGGCACUUUUACUUGCCCUUGCAACAAACCGCGCAUACUAAGCAUUCGAACCAGGUUCUAAUCGACAAAAGAGGGUCACGACGAAGAAAUAGGGCCUAACGGAGGUCCCGCCGAAGGAUACUACGGUCGUUAAGUAAACCACUACAUUGCGUACAGCACUGCGAUCAACCGACAAUUUCCAUUCAACCUUAUUUCGGCCUUCCUGCGGAAUAUCAUCAACAAUGAGCUCGAACGUCGUCACGCGCAGCAGUGCAAAGCAAUCGAAAGUACGAACACGUGCCCAGCAGGCAGCGACCGAGGCGGAACAGCAGGAACGUCGUGAGAAACUGUACGGCAGCCAAACCAGGGCGGCGGGUCGGGUAACACUAGCGGAGGCAAAGCAGCAGGGAAAGCUGAAGAUGUCCGCCCAAGGUGGCGCCGAACGGGGCCGCAGCAACAGCGACGGAGGGGAUGCGGCCUCCAGCGAUCAACACCUGAAGGAUAUCUACCACAAUGCGCUCAGCGUGGGCGGACAGGUGCGGGGCUCGACCGGUAUCCUCUACGACGACCGGUUCGCGCUGCACCGUUGCCUCUGGGACAGCAACUAUCCGGAGUGUCCGGCGCGGUACGAGCGGGUCAUGGAGCGAUGCAAGAUGACGCGGCUGGUCGACCGGUGCACGUUCAUCCCGCCUCGGGCAGCUACCGAGGCCGAAGUGCUGAUGAAGCACACCGCCGAGCAGAUACGCAUCCUGAAGGAAACGCACGGUUCGCAGGACGAACAGCACCUGGAGGAGCUGAGCUCCCAUUACGAUGCAAUCUUCAUCCAUCCUACCUCAUACGAAACGAGCCUCUUAUCGGUCGGUAGCACCAUCCAGCUGGUCGACAGCGUGCUCGACGGAACGGUCCAGAACGGCAUGGCCAUCCUGCGGCCGCCGGGGCAUCACGCCAUGACGGCCGAGUACAACGGAUACUGCUUCUUCAACAACGUUGCCAUCGCAACCGAGCACGCGCUCAAACGCGGCCUGAAGAAGAUCCUCAUCGUCGACUGGGACAUUCACCACGGUCAGGGUACGCAGCGGAUGUUCUACUCCGACCCGAGAGUUCUCUACUUCUCCAUCCACCGCUACGAGCAUGGCACCUUUUGGCCGAACCUGCGCGAAUCCGACUUCGAUUACAUCGGCGAAGAUGAAGGCCGUGGGUAUAAUUUCAACGUGCCACUGAACGCGACCGGUAUGACCAACGGUGACUACCUGGCGAUUUGGCAUCAGCUCCUGCUACCGGUGGCCGCCGAGUACCAACCGGAGCUGAUAAUAAUAUCAGCGGGCUACGAUGCUGCCUUCGGCUGUCCCGAGGGCAUGAUGGAGAUCACGCCAGCGUUCUAUGCGCACCUGCUGAGUCCGUUACUGUCGCUGGCUCAGGGACGAGUUGCGGUUGUCUUGGAAGGUGGUUACUGCCUGGAGUCGCUUGCAGAAGGUUGUGCCCUAACGUUGCGAACUCUGCUGGGCGACCCGUGCCCGGCGCUGGUGGAGAAGCUACAACCGCCUACAAAAAGCAUGCGUAGCUCCAUCCUCAACUGUAUCAGCAGCCACCGGAGCUAUUGGAAAUGUCUGCAGCGCCACGAACUGUAUGAUCUGGAGGACUACAACAACAUCAACCCACCCAAUAACUUCCACAAGGUGGUGCAGUGUUACGUGGCGCCCGAGCCACCCGGACCGGGUCCGGUGCGAUAUGCAACUCGCAACUGCUACCCGGUCCAGUCGGCGGACGAACGUGCACGCAUCCUCGAGCGCUUGCAGCGCCUGCAGCUGCUGACGGAUCUCACCGUCCCGGCGACGCGCGUCUGCUACGUGUACGACGAGGUGAUGCUCGAGCACCGCAACGAGCACGAGCAGUGGCACCCGGAGCAGCCGGAGCGCAUCGCGAAGAUACAUCAGCGUCUUUCGGCGGACUACCAACUGGUGAAGCGCAUGAAGCGCCUGUCCGGACGGCCCGCCACUACGGAGGAACUGUGCCUGGUGCACGACCCGAAGCACGUCAAGCAGAUCGCGCAGGUGGGAGCAUCGACCACGCUGAAGCAAGAUGCCGAUCAGUUCAACUCGGUCUACUUCCACCCUCGCACGGAAGCUAGCGCCCGAAUGGCGGCCGGAUCGGUGCUCCAGGUGGUGGACGAAGUGCUGAGCGGGAGCGCCCGGUCCGGGCUGUGCAUUGUGCGUCCACCAGGCCACCACGCCGAGUCGGAUGCGCCGCACGGAUUUUGCAUCUUCAACAACAUAGCCGUGGCGGCACGGGCCGCCAUCGAGCACCACGGGCUCAAGCGCGUCCUGAUCGUCGACUGGGAUGUGCACCACGGCAAUGGAACCCAGCACAUCUUUGAAAACGAUCCGCGCGUCCUGUACAUCUCCGUACAUCGCUACGACAAUGGCUCGUUCUUCCCGAAGAGUACUGACGCCAACUUCGACGCCGUCGGAAGUGGUGAGGGCGAGGGUUUCAACGUCAACAUUCCGUGGAACCGCAAGGGCAUGGGUGACGCCGAGUACGUGGCCGCCUUCCACUCCAUCGUGCUGCCGAUAGCGUACGAGUUCGAGCCGGAACUGGUGCUGGUGUCGGCCGGGUUCGACGCGGCCAUCGGCGACCCGCUGGGCGGUUGUCGCGUGACGCCCGAAGCGUACGGGCACUUCACACACUGGCUGUCGGCGCUGGCAUGCGGCCGCUUGAUCGUCUGCCUCGAGGGCGGCUACAACGUGAACUCGAUCUCGCACGCCAUGGCCAUGUGCGGCAAGGCGCUUCUAGGCGAUCCCCUACCGGUACUCCAACCGGUUAAUGCUCGCAGUUCGAAUGCUCCAAAUGCCUCCUGCAUGGAGACGAUCCGGAGUGUGCUUGAGGUGCAGCGCAAGUACUGGCAAUCGCUCUGCUCGAACAAGAAGCUCCCGAGCAACCAGCAGCAGGUACUGAGCUCGGCCUCUUUGGUGGACGCUCUCGAAGGGCUCAACAUUGGUGAAUCAAAACUACCGGGCCUGGACGAAGCAACCCUUCCAUCAACCUCGACGUCUGCUGGCCUAAGCCCACUUUCCGAAGCCGGAGAAUCGAGUACCAACGCAGCAGCGGGUUCAUCCGGAUCGUCAAGCCAAAACCCGGCACAGACACUAAAUGAUUACUUGAAAGCGAAUCUUGAGGCUCUUCAAAAUGAGGAAAUGUUUGCCGUCGUCCCGCGGCGAAACUGUCCACACCUGAAGCUGUUGCAACCGGAAACGGCCCCGUCCGCGAUCGAUUACCGCGCGCCUUGCAGCGACUGCUCAGCCGAGGGUGAGAACUGGGUCUGUCUCAUCUGCUUCGGCGUCUACUGCGGCCGGUACGUGCAGGAGCAUAUGUUGCGCCACGGCACCGAAACGGAGAACCAUCCGCUUACCCUAAGCUUCGCCGAUCUCUCCGUCUGGUGCUACGGGUGCGACGCCUACAUUGACCAUCCGGCGCUGCAUCCGUACAAGAACCUCGUCCACGAGAGCAAGUUCAACGAGCCGCUCGUCUGGUCGUACGGCAGUGAUCUGGUGCUGGAAGUCCUACCGACUACCAGCAAGGGUGACUGAUAUUGGUCGAACCUGUCGAAGAUACUCUUCCGCGUGCUGGUGCUGUUCCUGUUGAAGCAGUUUCUUGUCGGCAAUUACAAGUAUUAGGGCCGCACAAGACUGUCGAACACAUAAACCGAAACGGAAACAUUCUUCAGCGAAUGGCAGUCAGGAAAGAGAGUAAGCAAAACUGGCAGUUAGAAAAAGGCAACCCUACAGGGUACGGGAAAGGAAGCGUAAUCGCUAGUUCGUGUAAUUCCGCUGCUCAAUGUGUUAAAAACAUGGCGAAUACAUUACAUAUACAUUUAUCGUAUCUGUAAUGUUUAUAGUGAAACAAAUUUGAUUUUUUCUACGAUUAUAAAAAAUAACGCUUAGUCAGAUAUUGAUGAAAAACUUUUUUUUAUACUUUUAUAUGCAAUGUCUUUAGAUACUGUCUAAUUUCUCCUUUCGAAAUUCAUUUAUGUACACAACCGUAAUGCAUUAUUACACUAUUGAUUACGUUUCGUUUACCGUAUCCUUAAUCUCUAAAACAAUUUGUUGUAUGCUGUUAAAAUUAUAUGUACAAGAGGAGAGGCGAUCAUUAAAAUAAGAAACGCGAAUAUGCAGAUGUUAAUUUCUUAAUACACAAUUCGUAUCAACUACUCAAUAGCUACUCACGAACACUUCAUCUCGUUACAUUUCGGUAGAUUGAAUGGCGACUAGCAUACAACGUCAUCUAGAUUGUCGAACGUCUAGCAAUGCAACAAGCAAAUGCACACAAGUACAUAACUAACAAGACUAGCAGCUCUAACAUAACCAAAGAAGAAGGCACAAGAACAGCUCACUCUGUGCUCCCGGUAGCGAAGGGUUGAAACUGCACGCAUUUCGAUGCGAAUCCGACGGCCACACUUGCGACCUGCUGAUUGAAACACAUCGUCCACAGUUCCCGAAAUAAAAAAAAAACAAAUGGGACCAAGCAAUAAUCUCUUAGACGGCUAGUAAGAAAAUCGAAGAA